UAGUCAAUAUCGUUGGUUAUAACGGUGUCGCAUAAAGCGGUAUUUCCCGGAAAAAUGAGCGGAUUUUUCAAGUAUUUCAUUGAUCUUAAAAGUGGAAAUGGCAUCUACGAUAAAAUUAACAAAUUCUUUAACAGAACUCCUGCAAAAAAUCCUACAGAAAACAUAAAACUAACUACCACGAAGCCCCUAGGAGCCCGUCUAUUUAGCAGUGAAAUAAAGAAAUGUACAAUAAUUCCUGGGGAUGGUAUCGGCCCGGAAAUCUCAGCCGCUGUACAACAAAUCUUUACAGCUGCUAAGGUCCCGAUCGAGUGGGAAUCCGUAGACGUUACUCCAGUCAGGGGUCCCGAUGGUAAAUUUGGUAUACCACAAGCGGCUAUUGACUCUGUGAAUCGCAACAAAGUGGGUCUGAAGGGCCCUCUGAUGACUCCGGUAGGAAAAGGCCAUAGGUCUCUGAAUCUCGCAUUACGUAAAGAAUUUAAUCUCUAUGCCAAUGUACGACCUUGCAGAAGUCUGGAAGGAUACAAAACUCUGUACGACCACGUCGACGUCGUUACGAUACGUGAGAACACGGAAGGCGAAUAUUCAGGGAUUGAACAUGAAAUCGUGGAAGGUGUCGUUCAGAGCAUAAAAUUGAUCACCGAGGACGCGUCGUGGAGGGUGGCCGAAUUCGCCUUCCAAUAUGCCAAAGAUAAUAACAGGAGGAAGGUCACCGCCGUACAUAAGGCUAAUAUUAUGCGUAUGUCUGACGGCCUGUUCUUGAGAUGCUGCAGGGAAAUGGCUAAAAAAUACCCGGACGUUAAAUUCGAGGAGAGAUACCUCGACACCGUCUGCCUCAACAUGGUGCAGGACCCGACGUUGUACGACGUACUGGUGAUGCCGAACCUGUACGGUGACAUUCUAUCCGACAUGUGCGCCGGUCUCGUCGGAGGGUUGGGCCUCACGCCGUCCGGCAACAUCGGAAUUAACGGGGCCUUAUUCGAGUCGGUGCACGGUACCGCCCCCGACAUCGCCGGGCAGGAUAAGGCCAAUCCCACCGCCCUCCUCUUGUCCGCCGUGAUGAUGCUGAGGUACAUGGGUCUGAACAGUCACGCUUCCGUCAUCGAGAACGCCUGCUUCCAGACGAUCAAGGAGGCGAAGUAUCUCACCGGGGACCUGGGGGGCAAGGCCAAGUGCUCGGAGUUCACGAACGAGAUCUGCGAGAAGAUCGGCAAAACUGCGUAGGAUUAGUAAACAGUAAGAAUGCUCAUUAAAAGUAUCGUUACGUAAGAUGACAGAUUGACAUUUUUGAUUUUCUCGUUAGCCCGUUUUCUGUAUAUAAGUGUUUUUAGCUCGGCCCCUCGGGAACGUUGGGCGUAACGUGUAUAUACAGGCUAGUCUAGAUGGAGUUAUGUUUAUUUUGUCCAAAGUUGCCGUUUUAUCGAGGCAAGUAGUCAGCAUUUUUACGUCCUUUCGAAACUCAAAGAUAUUUUUAGUUUAAUGUCAUCAUGCUGUAGAGAAUUUUAUUUAUACGUUUUACUAAUGCAAUUUAUUUAUUUAUGUCGUCCUAUAAGAAUAAACAUGUUGCGAGAU